UGUCAAGACUCAAAACUCUUAACCUUUUUUUGUAUGCGUUUAAGCCUCUGAUCGUAUCUGAUCCCCAAAGGUUUGCUGCAAGGACAAUAAAAGAAGAGAAUCGAUCCUCUGUUUUCUGGCAAUUGAGCAUUCAAAUGGGAAGCUGCGUCUCUAAGAACAAUGGAGACGAUGAUACGAUCCAUAACGUUGAUUUUUCUGGUGGCAAUGUUCAUCUCAUAACAACGAAAGAAAGCUGGGACGAGAAAUUAGCUGAAGCUGGUCGUGAUGGCAAAAUCGUGAUUGCAAACUUCAGUGCGACAUGGUGUGGUCCAUGUAAGAUGUUGGCACCGUUUUACGUCGAGCUCUCUGAGCAACAUCCUUCUGUUAUAUUCCUUCUUGUUGAUGUUGAUGAACUCUGCGAUUUUAGCUCAUCAUGGGACAUAAAGGCAACACCAACCUUCUUCUUUCUAAAGAAUGGUCAACAAAUAGGCAAGCUUGUCGGAGCUAACAAGCCUGAGCUACAGAAGAAGGUUACUUCCAUCAUUGAUUCUCUACCUCAAAGUCCACAACAGCGUUGAACGCACCCUUUCUCUGUUCCUUGUGUGGCAAGUAUCAACAACUCUUUUCUUAAUUAUGAUCAAUUGAUGU